AGCCCCGGCACGUCCUGCCCCACCGGAAGUGAAGGUGCGGGUCCGACGGUGGGCUCUGAGAGGGUGAGGCGCGCGGAAACACCGGCGCUGAGAAUCGCCCCUGCCCGGAUGGCCGCAGUAGUUCUAGGGGGAGACACCAUGGGCCCUGAGCGUAUCUUCCCCAAUCAGACUGAAGAACUGGGGCCACAUCAGGGCCCUACAGAAGGCACUGGGGAUUGGAGCAGUGAGGAGCCUGAAGAAGAGCAGGAGGAAACAGGGGCAGGCCCGGCUGGCUACUCCUACCAGCCCCUAAACCAAGAUCCUGAACAAGAGGAGGUGGAGCUCGCACCAGUGGGGGAUGGAGAAGAUGUAGUUGCUGACAUCCAGGAUCGGAUCCAGGCCCUGGGGCUUCAUUUGCCAGACCCACCAUUAGAGAGUGAGGAUGAAGAUGAGGAGGGAGCUACUGCAUUGAGCAGCCACAGUUCUAUUCCCAUGGACCCAGAACAUGUAGAGCUGGUGAAAAGAACAAUGGCUGGAGUAAGCCUUCCUGCACCAGGAGUUCCUGCCUGGGCUCGGGAGAUAUCAGAUGCCCAGUGGGAAGAUGUGGUACAGAAAGCCCUUCAAGCCCGGCAGGCAUCUCCUGCUUGGAAGUGACCAUAACCUGUUAAUUUCUACUCCACCUCCCCAGUCCUUACCCCUGGUGCCCUCCCACCUGCACAGCCUCUGUCUCCACCGUCCUCUUCAGAAGCUGGAUGUCCUCUGCUGUAGGGGUUUCUGUCUCCAUGGAGUACACAGGAGGCAGAGGUGGAGGAGCACGGAACAUGGGAUACUGAGGGAGGAGAUGUGGAUGAAGAGUUGAGAGCCACUUCAGAGGUUUGUGGGACUGUGUGUCUCAUAUUCUUCCACCAAAAAUCCCUAACCCCUAGUUCCAGAUGGGACCCUGAGUUCAGGGCAGUGGCAUAAAAAUCUCACCUGAGGAUUAAGCCGGGCCAGCUCCUCAAUCUUUUGCCACAUCUCUUCUCUUUCCUUCAUUCGGAACCGGCCCCUGAGGGAGCAAAAGUAGGAAUGAGAGAACGAAAGUGUGCUGGAAGUAAAAAAUGAAAGUCUUCCAGGGAGGGCUGGGAUUGUGGCUCAGCGAUAGAGCGCUCGCCUAGCACGGGCAGGAUCCGGGUUCAAUCCUCAGCACCACAUAAAAAUAAAGGCAUUAUGUUGUGUCCAUCUACACCUAAAAAUAAAUAUUUAAAAAUAAAAUAAAACAAUAUUUAAAGAAAAAAAAAAGUCUUCCAGGGAGAGAAAUACUCACUUCUGUUUCUCUGCCUUGUACUGUUGUGUGCAAUCAUCAAAGAGCUUCUGAUUCAUUUCCAUAAACAGCUUCAGGGCAUUGUAGAUCAGUCCAUGGAUUGUCCUGCCACCCAGAAGAAAGAUCACAUGCAGGCCAGAGCCUACCCUUAAUGCCUGGGCCCCAUGUUUACUUGUUUAUAGGAGGUGUCUCUACCAACAGCUUUUUCAUUUACUACCCCCAUUUCCCAAACCUUUAUAAGCAGAUAGUUCUAGCCAAAUUGUGUGACUUAAGACUAGCAUUUCAUGAUCUUUGCAAAUACUGAUCCACCUGUCUAUACUUCCCCUAUCCCAUACUCCAAAAGUCUUCCUUCUUUACACCACUUCCGACUCUAAUCCACACUAAUGGCCUCCCAGCAACACAAUGGACUGAGUGUACCAUACUAUAUGUUUGCUCUCAGCAAGAAGCUUUUUUUUUUUUAAACAA